AUGGCUAAACUGCUGGCACUGUUCACGCUGCUGCUGUGCGUUGUCGCCUUGGCGCAUGCGCAGUUUGGCCAGGGCGGUUGCGGCCGUCCUGGGGGCGGUUUUGGCGGCCCUGGUUCCGGGAGGCCCGGCGGAGGUGGCGGCUUCGGCCCUGGAGGAGGCGGCGGCUUUGGCCCUGGAGGAGGUCGUCCUGGAUUUGGCGGUGGCGGCUUCGGAGCCGGAGGUGGCCGCGGCUUUGGCGGCUGA